UGCAAUGACCGUUGACGCAUCAUAUCAGUGAAAGUGAGAGAGUCGCAUAAAAGCAGAGGAGACGGAGUAUGCGCUCGAGCAAUCUCAACAGCCCAGCUUCAGCUCGAGACAUCUUUCAUGUUCAUGGUGAAAAUCCUUCUUCCCCUAUCGGUAUCUUUCGCCAUUUAUUACGCUCAGGUCUCGAACCAAAUCAUCAUUCCAUCUCUCUCUUCCUGAAAUCCUCUGCUGCCUUCUUAUUGUCUUCCGUUGAUUCGUUGAAACUACAAGUCGGGCAAAUCCAAACCCAUCUCGUCAAAUCAGGUCUUGAUCAGUUCGUCUAUGUCAAAACAGCUCUUCUUGAUCUCUGCUUGAAGAUGGGUCGUGUUACUACCGCACGAUUAUUGUUCGACGAAAUGCCUGAAAGAGAUGAUGUUGUUUGGAAUGCAAUGAUCUGUGGGUACUCUCGUAAUGGCUACGACUCUAAUGCCUUGCAGCUCUUCAUUGAAAUGAUUCGACAAGGGUUUUUCCCCUCCGCAACGACACUCGUAAGCUUGUUGCCUUCUUGUGGGCAAUCUACUUUUAUGUCUCAAGGGAGGUCUGUUCAUGCUCUCGCCGCUAAGGCUGGUAUUGGGUUGGAUUCUCAAGUGAAAAAUGCUCUUCUCUCAAUGUAUUCAAAGUUUGGAGACUUGAGUUCAGCAAAACAUUUGUUUACAGAUAUGAACGAGAAAACCACUGUUUCCUGGAAUACGAUGAUUGGUGCCUAUGCCCAAAAGGGUUUCAGGGAAGAUGCUAUACUUGUUUUCAGGCAAAUGCUCGAGGUCAAUGUAGAGAUUAGUGCUGUAACUAUCAUCAACCUUAUUUCUGCUCAUGUUAGUCAUGAGCCAUUACAUUGUUUAGUUGUUAAAACGGGAAUUGUAAAUGAUUCGUCGGUGAUUACUUCUUUAGUCUGUGCAUAUGCAAGAAAUGGUGAUUCAGAAUCAGCAGAACGACUUUAUGAGUCCACAAACGAAGAAAGUAUAGUUAGCCUAACAGCAAUCAUUUCAAGCUAUGCUGAGAAAGGGAAUAUGGAUAUAGCGGUUGCGUAUUUUUGUAGGAUGCAACGGUUGGGUAUGGAACUGGAUGCUGUAGCUAUGGUUGGGAUUCUCCAUGGAUUUACGAUCUGUGGUAACAUCAACUUAGGGAGUUCUUUACAUGCUUAUGUGAUCAAAAGCGGCUUGUGCGCUGAUACCCUGGUUGCGAAUGUGCUGAUAACUAUGUACUCUAACUUUGAUAAUGUGGAGGCUAUGUUGAUUCUAUUUGAAGAAAUAAAUGAGAAACCUCUUAUUAGUUGGAACUCAGUGAUAUCUGGGUGUGUACAGGCUGGAAGGGCAAGCACAGCCUUCAAAAUGUUUUCUCGAAUGAAGUUAAAUGGUGGUCCGAUGCCAGAUGCCGUUACAAUAGCAAGUUUACUGACCGGGUGCUCCCAGCUCGGUUACUUGGAUUUUGGGAAGAAACUUCACGGUUAUGCUCGUAGGAACAAUUUUGAAAUGGAGGAUUUUGUCUGCACUGCCCUUAUAGACAUGUAUGCCAAAUGUGGAAAUGCAGAACUUGCAGAAAGCGUGUUCAGGAGCAUAAAAGAUCCUUGUGUAGCAACAUGGAAUGCGAUGAUAUCGGGAUACAGUUUAUCUGGGUUACAUAAUAAAGCUCUUUCUUGUUACAUGGAAAUGCAAAAACAAGGAUUGAAACCCGAUAAGAUCACUUUUCUCGGGAUUCUGGCUGCUUGUACACAUGGUGGCCUUGUUGAUGAAGGAAAAAAGUGUUUCCACGCGAUGACCAAAGAGUUUGGAAUUUCUCCCAGUCUGCAACACUAUGCGCUCAUGGUUGGUCUACUGGGUCGAGCGAGUUUGUUUGCUGAAGCACUGGAUGUAAUUGCAAGAAUGGAGUUAAGGCCAGAUUCUGCAGUAUGGGGAGCUCUUCUAAAUUCUUGUGCUAUGCACAGACAGAUCGAGCUCGGGGAAUAUGCAGCUAAGAAAAUGUUAUGCAUCCAUGGGAGGUGCCGAGGUGGAUUACUUGGAUAUUUAAUUAGAUUAUUUGGAUCAUUGGAUAUGCAGAUUUUUGGUAGCAAUUUUAAUCUUCAAUGUAAAAGCAUAACAUUCUUCUUGCUGGAUGCUCCUCAAGAUUUGGCUGGGAAUCUUAUAGACAGCACAGCAUGAUUUGACAAUGACGAGAGUGUUGGAUGUGUCCGUGAGUUCAAGACGACUAAGAGUUUCAUUGAAUCCUUGAAAAGCCCAAAGAAACAAAUUGUUUGGUCGUGGUUGAUUUUUAUGGCAAGUCCUGUGGAAGCUGUAAGUAUAUAGAGCAAGGUUUCUGAAAACUCUCUAAGGGAUCCAGGCACCAAGCAACUCCAGUUAUCUAUCUCAAGCAUAAUGUACCGAUGAAUGUAGUGAACACUCUGCCCUUGCUGAAAGGCUCUGAAUCAAGGUAGUGUAUGAAUAUUGUGAACACUCUGCACUUGCUGAAAGGCUCUGAAUCAAGGUGGUUCCCUUUUCCACUUCUACAAAAACAGAGCGUUAUGGGAAGGAUUCGCAAACAAAGACAGGGAAAGGAUCGAGACAGCUAUUUUCAAAUAAACCGGUGAUUGGCUGUCUUUCCAAAUCCAAAGCGAUGACAUUUCCAUCUCGUCUACUUUAUCUUAGGCUCUUCCCAACUCGUUUCCAGGUCUAGAUUAUGGAACGUCGAGGACCGCUACAUGCCUUACAUUUUGUGCCAUAUGAAAAUACGUGUAUGGUGAGAUAUAUUAGGGUCUGGAAACUUUGAUACAGGGAAGUGUGGUUGAUAAACAGUAUCGAGCAUAUGUGAGCAAAGGAAGGGAGAAGAACCAACAAGGAAACAUUGAAGAACAUAUCAGCAAGGGGCAAGAUGGCUUUUUCAUGUGUGUGUCGAUUUGGGUGUGCAGGAUUUUGGUUGUUUGGUGUCACGUCAGUACUUUAUUUAGCCCUGUCUUUCAUUUCAUUCGGUAGGGUUUUUCAUCUGGAAAAUUGUCGACAGAGUUACUGAAAUACAAAUCUGGGUUUUCUUUUACAAAACCCUAUCAGUGGUCCGAACAUCAGGUGCUUCGAGGGUCAUGACAGAACAUGAAGCUGUAUUAGUCACAUAUUCUGGAAAUUGCACAAGAGAGAUUUCAGAUCUAACAAAAGACAAUAAAGGACCCGGAUGAAAGAUACCUCGAAACGGGAAGGAUCAAACUUUUCAGGAUCAGCGAAGAAGCCGGGGUUGUGAUGUAUGUUCCUGAACAAUGGCAUCACCUUCCAUCCCUUUGGAAUCAGAUAUCCUGUUAGGAGUGAAAGAUAUUAUGCUCGCCAUCCUCAAGCUCUCCAACACCACCUGCAUUUCUCAAUCAGAUUGGAUGCCUGAGUUUUGAGGUUUCUAUAUUCCGAAUCAGAAGCUUCCAGAACGAUGUCCCCGCAACACUUACCUUGUAAGUCACGGACAUGUUCCUGGUUUGUGACCAGGUACUUGACGAUCCAUGUCAUGGCGCUUGCGGUUGUGUCCUGUGCAGCAAACAGAACCCCGAUGAUGUUAUCGGCGAUCUGAUCUUCUCUAAGAGCCUCACCUCUCUCAUCUUUGGAGUUCAGUAGACUUCCCAACAGGUCAUUCUCCUCAAGCCUCUUCUCUUUCCUUUCACAAAUUAUUUCUGCUAAGAUCUGGUUCAGCCUCUUCCUCGCCUUUCGAGAAUCCAAAAACCAAAAAGGGUCUUAAGAAAAGAUCCAUUUUAACAUUUUAAAAAAAACGAAAGAGAUUCAAGAAGAAGAGAAAGGCUUACCAGAACGGCUUUUCUGUAAGAGGUCCCAGGAAGAACUGUGGGGAAGGAAUUGUAGCCUUUGUCUACUGUGGAGUAAUUCUUCUUGAGCUCUUCUCUGUAAUGACUUUCAAUGUUUCCAAAGAUUGCCAAGAUUCCUAC